GCUCGAGCGCGGCUCCCGGCCGCGGCCGCGCCGUUGCGGCGGUGCCGGCAGGGGGCGCGGGCACGGCCGUUCCGCCAUGGCGGAUUACGAGGCGGUGCAGCGCGGCCCGCUGCGGCUGAAGGGCAGCGUCGGGGCCCUGGGGGCCGGCAAGCGGAAGAAGAAGAAGGCGAAAGACAAGGCCCAGAUCCUGGAGCAGAUCGUGAGCAGCAAGAAGCAGGAGGAGGAGAAGAAGCGCGGGCUGGACAAGCGGACCCCGGCGCAGGUGGCCUACGAGAAGAUGCAGGAGAAGCGGCAAAUGGAGCGCAUCCUGAAGAAAGCAUCGAAAACCCACAAGCAGCGAGUGGAGGACUUCAACAGGCACUUGGAUACUCUGACUGAGCAUUACGACAUUCCCAAAGUCAGCUGGACUAAAUGACCGGGCUGCUUUCCACGGCUCUGGAGCUGGAGUUGUGUUUUGUUUGUAUCAAGCAGGGUUGCCAUGUAAAUCUGUCUGUUCUCCAUAUUGUCUAAUACAUCUUCUCAGCUUUUAUGACUUUAUACUGUCUUAUUUUAUAGACUUGUUUUAUAAAACCAAACAUGCAGCAAUGUCUCCUCUGGGCUGAGGAGCUCUGGUUUAUGUCGAUGCAGAGGGCUGGGUUUUUUUAGUGUUUAUAGUGAGAUUAAGGCCAAAACUAAUAGCUGCGAGUCAGAUGGAAAACAUUCCUUUAUUUCUUUGGUUCUAAAAGUUCUCCCUCUUUGAGGUGAAGACUCUGACAGGCUCACAUUUAAGUUUCUCUUGUAAGUUAUGUGAAUUGUAUAAUUACUUUCUAUCAAGUUCUGUCAGAGGCCACGUUGCAAAAUGUGAAGUAUGUAAAAUUGUUUUACGAAAGGAUAUCCUUUGAUAUUUGAUCUUUGUAUACUUUCAAGCCUAAUCCAUGAAACAGAGAGCAGCCAACAGCUGUGAGUGAUGUCGAGUUUUGACAGCUGAUGUGCUGGAUUUCUGGGAUCCCUCCGAGCAUCCAGGCUUGUGCAGCUCUGAAAUAAAUCAUCAGUGUGUCUCUGGAAUGUGUAAUUACUGGCUUGCUGUGCACCGGGACUGAAUCCGAUUUUUGUGGAAAACAGUAUUAUUUCUGCCUUACCAACAAUGUAAUUUCUACCUUGAGCUCUCUCAGAGCGGUCUGCUGCAACUUUUAAAUUCGGUGUUAUUUAUUAAAACGCUGCUUCCA